AUGGCGGCCAUCACGCAGCGUCCGGUCGACCUGACGCCUCCACACUCACCCGCGUCCUCGUUCAGUUGCAAGGCGAUUGUCGCAUCUGGCUCGCCCCUGCACCGUGUGCAUGCGAGCGGAACGCGACUUUCCGAGGGCGGCGGCUCCCCGCGCAAAACAAGCGUCAGCAGCGGUGACGCCACAGGCCGCCACCCCAGAGAGUCCAGCUCGCGGCCCAGGUCCCCCCGAGCGCGCGCCAUCACGAUGGCGGCUGCGAUGAGACCGGCCACACCGGGGGGUGCUCUGGAACAGUCUUCAUCGUCGGUGGCAUCCGUGUCUUCCUGCUCGUCGUCGCAACAGGUACCGAGUCCACUGCGCUUUCCGGAGAUGGCCGAGUCUUCGCAGGAGAGCCUCGUGUCUGCUUGCGCCGCCAGUGUCGCGGACCAGAGCAACAACAACAUCGUUGUUGCGGGCGCCAGUUCUGUCACCCCUUCCGAUUCAGAGAUCAAGACGCAGCGUGGGAGCAUCAGCUUCUCAGACGUCGGGCCGAUCGAGAUCCCGUCGCGCCGGUCGAUUGGGGACUAUAGGCGCUCGAAGCGCGUCUCGACCCCGACGACACCCUCCUAUCCACCUUCCUCGCGUCGGCCAUCGUAUCAGAAGACGCCCGCCAGUAAUCACAACGCGAAUUUGUCGCCCACGUCACCUCUGGAUUUCAACUCGUUCUCGAUGCUGUCGCAGUCUGCUGGCACAGCAGCACCGCAGUCGACGGCGCCCGAGCGUCAGGUGUCAAGAUCGAGCCGCUCGAGUGCUGAUACCGGCAGCCGUUCCAGCGCGCGGACCUCAGGCGAGCGCUCCUCUGCGGACGAAGCGGCGAUGCCUCGCUCGUCUUCAUCGCCGCAUCGCAAGGAGGGUUCCUCCGAGAGUUCGACCGGCAAUGAUAGUGUGCUCAUCGCUUCGGCUGCUAAAGGCGCAGAUGAGCCACAACAGCAUCCACUCGCUUAUCACAAGCUUGACAUGGCAUCCUUCUCGACACCAGAGCUUCAUCUGGCGUCUGACCCGUUGAUCAGCAUGGAAGAACCAAGGUACCAUCUUCGGAUCUCGCAGCAGGUGCUUGGGAAGGGUCCGCCUCCGAUGCUGCAGACUAAGGUCCGUGCAGCAAGCAUUGACGAGACGUUACGCGACGGGGUGAACGGCUUCUCCAGCUUAACUGCCGUCAUCGGUGCUCUCGCCAAGUCGUCCAACGCACACAAACGACAGCAAGGCGGCGAUUUACGCCUGUUCAGUACCUCGUUCUCUUCUUUUGCACGAGGCGAUCGGCCGCCCGUGCGCGAGCGCAAAUCGAGCAUCGCGACGAUUGUGCGCAAGGCCUCGUCAGCAGCGACCAAGUCUCGUCUUGGCUCGGGAGCGGAGCCGUCUGAGAACGAUGCCAACGGCCCGAUCGGCUCCAAAGGCAACCCGGCGGCCAUUGUCACACACAACACCAACGGCAGCAGGAGCGCCAGCGGCCGGCAACGCCUGUCAGGCUCCGGCUUCGGCUACGCGCUCUCCAAUGCGUCCAAUUGGAUCAAACGGCCGCGACGGUGGAGCACACAGGGUGGGAGGUUGCCGAGUGGCUCGUCAGCGCAGACGGACUCAAGGAUCGCCUCAGUCGCGCCCACCCUCGCAGCGGCAGAUCGGAUUCUGCAUGAAGUCAAGGCGUUGACGUCCGAGAAUGCAGAAGCAGAGGGUGAUGGCGUCGAUGCCAAGUAUGAUGUCGCGGAAGCCAUGUCGAAGCUGAGAGCCGCGAGAAGGUACCUUUCAGCCGAACUGAGCGCGAUUCGAGAGUUGGUAGACCCGCAGGAUCGCAGUCGGAUAGACGAGGUUGCGUGGAAGGACUCAGGGGACUGUUCUGACGAGGCGUGGGCGGAGGAGCAGCUGGCAUUCUGGAGGGCACUGAGUGACGGCGUCCUGCUCUCCUUGUUGGCCAACAAGCUCUGCCCGGGCUCAGUCGAGAAGAUAGACCGACGCGACGUCGAAUGGGUCAAAGCGGACAACAUUUCCCGUUUCCUGAAAGCGGCGCGCGACGAGUUGGGGCUGGCAUCCCGUGAUCUGUUCCAAUGCUUUGACAUUACCGAUUCAACCACAGAGGGUCUGCAACGUGCUGUCCUGACCAUCCUCGCGAUCGAGAAGGCCGGCUCAAAUUCCAAAGGCAGGUGCAGCGGCAUGUACCUCCAGGGGCGGCCCAUCUCGCUUCAGCGCCUCAGCGCGUCGAAUCUCGCAAGCAGGAGCUCUCUGGACAUUAGUUUCGACAGCAUGGCGACCGCAGAGUCACCCCAUGGUUCACCGGCCCGCGCGGGCAGCCAGCAAAGCUCGCGCUUGAGCGUGCUGCAGCAGCGCAAAGAGGCAGAGCGUAUACUCGUCUCCGGCGCUGGCAACAGUGAUGCUGCCACUAGUUCUGCUGUUUCGGACGACCGGACGCGCAGACGGAGAUCAGGCGAGUUGGGCAACAAUGUCAGCACUCGCUCGAUCACAUUCGCGGACAACGUCAAGAGUAGUGCUGGGUACGAUGAAGAGCAGAUGUCCAGUCGGCUUCCGUAUCGCGAUCGGAAGCUUAGCGAAUCAGCGCUAAGCUUGACAGAAGUAGCGGAGGAGCCAGAAGAGAUCAUGAGCUCACCACGUGCUCCUACACCUCCCGAGCCGAGUCAGCUGCCUCCUUCAUCAUUAAGUACCCAAUUCCCAACGUCAUCUGCUAUGACACGCACGUCUUCGCAGCGCCGUAUUAGUAUGGAGCUGCAGCUCGGAUUUGCGGCUGCUUCAAGCGAGAAUCUGGAUGACUGGCGUGCCGCUAUCACGGCCACACCAGUGCGACACACACCCCAUCGACGCCACAGCGGCGUCGGACGCUCCACGCCGUCGCCGUUGAACCCGCAACGCGACUCGCUCGCAUCGCCCACCGUUCAUGGGAAUGGGAGUCCCCUCCCUUCGCCGCGUUUGCCAUUUCCGCGCUCGGCCUCCUCGACCGACUCACCAGGAGCGAAACGUCUGCAUCGACACUUGUCUCUCUCUGGAGCCGCAUCUGCCUCUGAAGCCUCCUUGGCGGUGACGCUCGGCUCACCCACCUCGCCUACCUCUCUGACUUCGCCCACUCGUCCUGCGCAUCAUCGCUUCUCAUCUGAUUUGCCGGUCACAUUGAGUGCGGUUCAGAAUUCCAAGUCAGACAAUGCCAUCGAGCAACCUGGCAUCGCUUUCCCACGGCAUAGAAACGAUUCAGCAGUGACGUCAACAUACAACAACACUCAGGCAAGCUUUGCCACCGGUGAGGACUCUAGCACGCCUCCGUCGCGCUCGGGCGGUACAGCCCCAGGCCCGAAGCACAAGCUCUUUGUUCCCGUGCCAGGGGAGCCACCAAUCGUCUAUCAAUUCGGGAAUCGCAUCGGCAAGGGUCAAUUUGGCUCGGUGUAUCGUGCCUUAAACAUGAACACGGGUCAAAUGGUCGCGGUCAAGAGCAUCAAUCUCGAGGGUAGAUCAGAGGAGGAGGUCACGCAACUGAUGCAUGAAGUUGUUCUCCUAAAAAGUUUGUCACAUCCAAGCGUGGUCAAAUACGAAGGCCUAGUACGCGAGCCAGAGGCGCUUUCAAUCAUCCUAGAGUUCGUCGAGAAUGGCUCGCUACUCAGUCAGCUCAAAGCAUUCGGCAACUUCCCGGAAAAACUCAUCGCCAGCUACGUCAUCAAGAUUCUCGAAGGCUUGACAUAUCUGCACGAACAGGGUGUCGUGCAUUGCGACCUCAAGGCAGCCAACAUUUUGACCACGAAGUCAGGAAACAUCAAGCUUUCCGACUUUGGAGUGUCUCUCAACCUGAAGGCGAUGGAGAAGAUCAAGAACCACAAGAAAGAGGCCGUAGGGACCCCGAACUGGAUGGCCCCGGAGGUGAUCGAGCUGCGAGGCGCUUCGACGGCCGCAGAUAUAUGGUCCUUGGCUUGCACGAUCAUCGAGCUGCUUACUGGACGGCCUCCAUACGGUGGCAUGAUGGCUAUGUCGGCCAUGUUCCGCAUCGUUGUCGAUGACUGUCCUCCUAUCCCCGAAGUUGCUUCAGAAGAGUUGAAAGACCUGCUUAGGCAAUGCUUCAAAAAGGAGCCAACUGAGAGACCAACCGCGGAACAGCUCUUUGGUCACCCUUGGUUGGACCAGGUGUGGAGGGGACAGAAGGACCUUCGUCCGCAGGACAGCGUCCCCGCUUUGCGCCGCAUCAGUGCAGACCUUCGAAGGCUCGAUCCAUCGACCUUCAUCGCCGUGCCUGAAUCGCCGACCCUAGAGAGGUCGACCUCCUCGCCGCCGCCAUCCUCCUCACGCCGUCCCUUCUUUGCCGCCCGUCUUGCUUCAACAUCGGCUAUUGAGGGAAGGGCCUCGAUCGGCGAUGUGUCUAGGCCUGGGCUGUCCCUGAUCACCCCAACUCCCGUACAUGGAGGAAAUCCGAUCAUUUCACUCAUGGACGAAGGCGACUUGGACCGGACACAAUUUGCGGACUCGACCGUCGUUGAUCACGACGAGAUUUUGGAAGUUCCCAAAGCUCAUGCCUUCGUGAAAUCCACUUUCAGCAAACCGCUGCAAUGCAGGAUUUGCAAAGAGAAGGUCAAGAAACACGCCGUGCUAUGCGAAGAGUGUGGUUUGCUUUGCCACGCGUCUUGCGCUAAUCAAGCACCUUUACCCUGCAAUCUUCGUGCGCACUUGCUCCUCGCAUCUGCGAGGCCAUCAGCCGACUUGGGGCGGGUGACAAGCCCGGCCCCUUCCCUCACGCCGUCAAUGCCCCAGUCACCUGCAUUCUCGCCCGUUAGCUUUCGCUUCCCUUUCGUUGGCAAGCGUCGUACAAGCAAGGGGUCGGAAAGCAUGCAACCUUUCUCGCCCUCGCCUUUCGGCACGUCACCCAAUGAUCUUCCAUCACCUGUUGCUGGUAGCACAGGCAGCCAAGGCAAAGAAUCUGGCGGUCAGGUCAAGCGUGCAUCAUUCAUGCCAUCUCGCUCCAGCAGCACGGAUUCUCCGUUCUCGUCAGACUUGCAUCAUCGCUCUUCGCUCAGCAGCUCGCAAGACAAGCAGCUGCGUCGACAGAGCACCAUGAGCUAUGGAAGCAUCUCGGGUGCGUCCAGCAUCUCCAGCAUCUCCAACCUUUCUGUCGCCCGGUCCCCUUCGUCCGACAAACCAGCAACUGCCGUCCUGAGUCCUGUGCAGUCCACGGCUCGCAACAUCACAUCCUCUCGGGCGAUGGGCAUGGUUUCCACACCGCACCUGAGCAUGGACCUGCCUCGGCCGUCGCACCAGGCGGAAAAUUCCAAGCAUCGGCGGCGGGUCAGCGUCGGCGUCACCUCGCACUUCGCUGAUCGUCAUGACAAUUUGCAGCGUGGCCAAAUCACGCCCCGCGCUGCGGCUGCGUCUGGCGAUCUGUCCGGCGACUUUUGCAAGCGGAACCGACGCGAAACCAAGGAGUGUGUUGUGAUGUGA